GCUGUAAUGGAGAGCAACAAGCAGCCAGUGAAGGAGGUGCCCCCCCAGCCUCGCUACCCUACCUCGCCGCCAGCAUCAUCCUCAACUUUGACCCCAGCGCACCCCGCCCACUCGGUAAAAAACACCACUGGCUCAAUCCAGCACGUUCAGUUGGCUUCCUCAGUGGUUGGCUCUUUUACCUUGCUAAAACCUCCAGAGCGGGACCAGGUGCUGUUCUCGCAGAUGAAGUCUGUCAAGUCCCUAAGGCAGGCUGGGAUCACUGCGGUCUUCACUGGACAAAAUAGGGCGGACUGUGAGGGGAGGCUACUGGAGCACAUCCCCAUCGAGGAGGUGAUCCUGGCUGACAUAGACUCCCUGGUGCCCACCCACGAUGAGAGCGGCCAGCCCAUAGCUGAGUGGAAGAGGCAAGUGAUGGUGCACCAACUGAGGGCCAGGCUGCAGCACGAGGAGGAGCAGAGAGCGACGGACAUGGCUAGCGACUACUCCGAGACAGAUGGCUGGAAGUUCUCCCUGGCCCAUAACGCUGUCUUAGGCCCGUUCGGCGAACUACUGACUGAGGACGACUUACUCUACCUGGAGAAACAGAUUGAAAACCUGUCCAUGCAGAAGCGCUGCCAGGCCUACGAGUUGGAGCUCGCCCGCCUCGCUGAAGAGCUCCGCACAAUUCUGCCCGACCCCAUUGUGAACAUCACCGUCAACACAGAGUUUGUCCGGCAGAUGGACGCAGAAGGACACCUACCUCUUCCUGUGUGGUGUAGCCGCGUCUCCAGCAUUGUCAAGAGCAUGUACCAGCUCCUGACCAGUCUUUCGAACAGCCGAGACGAGGAAGCGGUGAAGGAGGUGGUGGGGGAGGGGGAACGGGUGGAGGUGGGGACUGAGAGGGGGGUUUCUAAACUACAGCGCGUUGAGAUGGUUUCGGCCUUCAGCUACCGUUUGGAGAGCCAGAGCUACAACCGAGGGAGGAGGGAGAAGGUGGAGAUGGAGAUCCAGCAGUCCGGGGUUUCAGUGAAGAGUCUGAGGUCCAACUUUGAAGGUCAAAUCGGGGGGAUUUACCCAUUUGGGGGCUUUGUGAACAACACAUGUCGACCAAUCAACAGCAGCCAGCAUACAAAAGGAACAGUAGAAUCUACUGAGGUAGUUGUUGAAACCCCUAACACCACCCAAGGCUGUGAACUGGAGCAAGGCCGGCACAACACCCCUCACACUAACCAGGUCAUGGAGACAACCAGUCUGAGAAAAGAACGCAUUGUCGUCCUAUUCCUGAGCCACUGGAAGAAAUCAGCAUACGCCAUCUCCGUUCGAGCCAAGAUGAGACAGGAGGCUAUCGAAAGAGCAGAAGCGGUGGUGGACACAAUGAGGAAUUCAAGUCAAGCAGGGACCCACAAACAUUCAGCAAACAUACAGUCAGGGUUAAUCAAUUGGUCCACGACACACCCGGGCACGCCACACCAAAUCAGGUCUCUCUUCAGCCUCUAUCGCCGAAAAACGGCAGUCGACAGGAUGCUUAACGCCUGGCGGAGCGCGCAAACACCUCCUGGGUCCCUUAGCCAGCAGCGCCCAAUCACCUAUUCCCCCGAGCACUUCCUGCCUCCCCAAGUUGACGGGACGCCUAUGACCUACGAGUGCCUGACCCUUGACCUUUUCAUGCUGGGAUACUUCCGCAUCCUGGAGCAGGAGUUGCCGGCCGAGGAGCGGAAAAUGAGGCAUCUGCUGUGCUUCGAGGUCUUCGACCACGUAGGGGGUUUCCCGUGGGAGGACGUCAGGGGCUUCCACCAAGCCGUGCUCCAAGAAAUCCAGGAAGGGAAGCGGCAGUGGAGCGACGGGUUUGAGGACAUCAAAGCCCGGUUCUUUGACAGUUCGGCGUCGCCGGGAGGUCACCGACCUGGUGGGGUGAAGGAGGGCCGGAGUCCUGACAGCGGGCUAGUGCCUGAGGUUGUAGUUCGUACUGUCUCUCCGGAAGAAGAAAUUCUUAAGUGUGGCAGCGGCACAGAUUUUUCUUGUUUCAGCAACGACGAGAUCUGUAAAUAUAUCGAUCGUAGUUUUGCAUUCUGGAAGGAGAAGGAGGCAGAACUUUUUGAUUUCAAACAUUAAACUUUUUAAAGUAUUUUUUUAUAUUUUUGUAUAACACUCUUUGUAUUUGUAAAUUUGUCUUUGCAUUGUGGUCCUUUUAAGGGCCACAUGGAACAUUAAAUUACCUAAAUUCUGUUAUUGAAUGGAUGCUCCAGAGCGUUUUUUAUUUUAUUUGAGCAACUAGUUUUGAAUGUACAGUAGUGCUGAUGAGCCUCAACAUUUUUUUAUGUGAAAUUUGUCUGGCAAAUCCCACACAAUAUGAAGAAUUCAUAUUUUAUAUUUGGUUAAGUUUAAUCUUUACAUAUUAGAAGAAAUCUGCUUCAUUUCUACACAUUAUGAUAUAUAUAAUGUAGAUACUAUACUAAGAGCAGGAACACAACAACUCUACAACAUAAACUGGAAGGGUUCUCACGUGAAUCAGCUGAAACAUUGUAAUCGAAGCAUGAUGUUUUUUCAUUUAAACCCCAAAGUCCAAAUGUUUCUAUUCCAGAAUUUCCAUGAUGUCUUCGACCAGAAUGCCCAUGAGUCCUUAGAAAAUAGUUCCUAGACCAGUUCUUUGAUGAGUUUCAGCCAAAUACGAAGUCAGAUGUUGCCAUACCUCUAUAUUUGUACAUUCUGACGUCACACACACUCAACCACUUUCUUGUCCAGAGGUUUUGUGGGAACUGACUCCCUGCACCUUUCAUGCUAAGAGACGUUAAAGGGAUUAGUUUAAUGGAUUUCUUGUGACCACCACCCUGAUACCACCUGCCAGGGCCUGCUCCAGGCAUAAGCAACAUAACCCUUGGUGGCCACCAGCUGCUAGGGAGCCCAUCAAUUACUUCUCCCAGUCCCUAUAAUGUUUCUCACACCAAGGAAGACUCUGCGUCCUGAAGAGCUGCAGGCACAUGGAAGCUCUAGGACGGACCUAGGAAGUAGCUGGCACGUUUCGCUGUGACAGUCAGACAGUGGUUUUGUCUUGCAGGACGGGAGUGUGUGCCAUUGCAUCUUCUCUCUUUCUGUCUCUCUUUUUUCCUCCCGUAACUCCAUUCCGGUCUCCUCUGUCAUCCCUCUCUUACUCUAUCCCUGGACGCCCUCAGUUCUUUGCCAUGUCUCCCACUGAUUUUGCUGUGUCACAGUCAUAUCUGGAUUACCCCCCGCUGCUGCUGUUCCCCCACAGAACCCCACAGCAGUGCCCGGAAGCGGAUCGUGGACUGUAGGAAGGCGAGGGUCAGGAACAUGUCAACGGUGUGGAAGUGGGGUGGGUAGCGAGCCUCCUGGGUUUCAACAUGAUCCUUACACCCAGAAUGUUUUGAGGCCCAUGCGGACGUAUUGCACGACCAGUCAUGCUGUUCAGGGGGCGGUACGAAAAGCUGAGUUCAACACUGGGGCCAGAGUCCCCGCCAUUCAGGACCUAUACACCAGGCGGUGUCAGAUUAAGGCCCUGACAACAGUGAAAGACCCCAGUGGGCCAAGACACAGACAUGUCUAUGCUGCUGGAUGGUAGGCAGAGCCCGGGUGUCAGGUCUCAAGUCUGUAACAGACAGGACCUCGCACAGCUUCUACGCCCAAGCCAUAAGAGCAAGGCACGGCUCACACUCCUAACAUACAGUCCUUUAAAAAUAUAGAAUUUACAAUGACUUAUGUUG